UUUUUCUGCUUUUGUUGUUUGGCAUCUCUUCAAAAUAAAAUGUUUUGGACAACGACAGCAACACCCUCUCUAGUUUUAUUUUUGUCUCUUUCAAUUUCUGCUAUAACAAUUACUCUUUUUAAUUGUUCGAAGAAGAAAGAAGAAAAAGUAAAGCCGAAGACAACGAAGAAAACCAAAACUGCAAAUAAAAAGACAACUAAAUCUCCAGUAAAGAAGAAAGAAGUUGAUGUUAAUGCCGGUAAAAAAAUAACUACUCCAAUUCCGCCUGCAAACAAUGCAGAAAAGAAGAAUAAAGUUAAUUCUGAAGAGCCGACAACAGCUAAGAAAAACCAUUCAAAACAACAACCCAAAAAGAUAUCUAAACGCUCUAAAAAAUCUAAAAAGUCUAAACAUUCCAAAAAAUCUAAACAUUCAAAGAAACACAAACGUAGCAAAAAGGGGGAUGAUGGAGAUAAUUCACAAUCACUUUUGGACGAUGUUCAUUUAAGUAAUGAACCAAUCAAACCAAGAUCAUUCGCCUUGGAUGCAAAAGAGGCAAGAAUUAAGAAUGAGGGUUUGAAAAAAGAGGAAGUGGAUCCUUACCCUACAAUAUCGGCAUUUCUAUCGGAACGAGAAGGGAAAAAAUAA